AUGCCGCCCCGGAUAUCGUUGCCCGUGCGCCUGCGGGCCCAGACUGCUCCGUCGAGCGCGGCGUCCUCUCUUCGCGCCUUUAGCACCACACCCGUCAAUUACGCCCUCACAAAGGAGCAACGACGCCGACAGCACGAUCCGUAUGCCCGGGCCCAGGCCCAGGCGAAGAAAGCUGCCAAUCUCUCGCGCCAGACUGUGCUGCAGGAGAAGCGCAAGCAAGAACUUGGUGAUCCCGUCCGGGGUGUGACAACGCCAUUCGUGCAGUCGUUCGACACCGGCCUCCCCGAGCCCUCCAAGACCACCGACGCCGACCUAUCGAAGGAGACCGCCGACCCCAAGCAAACCCCCCCGGGUCCGAAGGCUACCACCGAGAGUUACCUGAACCAUUACCUCAAGCCGAAAGAGGUGAAGGAACAGAUGCAGACUUCGAGGAUUUUGACUGCCCCGUCGAUGUACGCCGAGGACUUGACUGCCAGUGCGCAGCAGCAGGGUCUGUCGGACGUCAAAUCGAAGGCGGAGGUCCAGGAACAGAACGAGAACGCGGCAAAAGCGAUUGAACGCAUCGUGAGCUUGUCGAAUGCCAACUCGAAGGACCGGACCCGCGUGAAUGUCCAAAGGUGCAUCGAUACCUUUGGCCGGCACCACACAGACAAAGUUAUGGAGCCGAGAGCAACGGCGGCGAGUGGUGCGAAGGAGAUUCCAUGGAGUCUCAAGGAGGGUUGGUCGGGCCCAGCUCCGAUGAACCCAGAGGCAUACACGCGCGGCGGCCCCGACACUGGCAGCAGUGAAGUGCAGGUUGCCAUCUUGACAGCCAAGAUCCGCACCUUGGCCGACUUUCUUGAGACUCGGGGCAAGAAUGACAAGGUCAACAAGCGGAACUUGAGGUUGCUGGUGCACAGGCGGCAGAAGCUGCUCAAAUACCUGAGAAAGAAGGAGAGGGGCGGUCCCAGGUGGCAGCACCUGAUUGAAACGUUGGGUCUAACCGAAGGCACGUGGAAGGGGGAGAUCAGCCUGUAA